AUGCAGUAUUACAAUCUGAGAGGUUUACUUGAUUUCUCUCUGCCUUAUGUUUUGUGCUUAGGUGACUGCCAGCUGCAAACACCGUGUCGAAUCCAGAAGUGCACGACAGAUUUUGUAUCCUUAACUUCACAUCUCAACUCUGCUCUUGAGGGCUUUGAUUUGGAGUUCUGCAAGGCACUGCGAGCAUACUCUGCCUGUACCUAUCGCAAUUCCAAAGUAUGCCGUGGAAACCUAGUCUACCAUUCGGCAGUGCUUGGGAUCAGUGACCUCAUGAGCCAGAGAAACUGUUCCAAAGAUGGACCCACAUCCUCCACCAACCCUGAAUUGACCCAUGAUCCUUGCAAUUACAGUGGUCACACAGAACCCAGGGAGCAUCACAGAGGGGAGAAGACUCCUCCUCCUACAUAUCUAUUUUGUGGCUUGUUUGGUGAUCCUCAUCUGAGGACUUUUAAGGAUCGCUUCCAGACAUGCAAAGUGGAAGGUGCUUGGCCCCUCAUAGAUAAUAACUACUUAUCAGUGCAAGUGACCAAUGUGCCUGUGGUCCCAGGAUCCAGCGCUACUGCUACAAAUAAGGUAUGGAUUGUUCUUAAGCACUUUGCAUGUAUACAGAAGUAA